AUGGCCGAAGCCACAAACGCACCGAGGCUCACCUUCACCGGCCACCGUUACCUCGUCCAGCGCCUCAUCCUCGCCACCCUCACUGGCCGCCCCGUGCGCAUUUCGCAGAUCCGCAGCAAGGACGUCAACCCAGGCCUGCGCCCGCACGAGGUCUCGUUCAUCCGGCUGCUCGAUGCCGUCACCAAUGGCUCGACGAUCGAGUUCUCGUACACGGGCACGACGCUGGUCUACCGGCCGGGCCUGAUCGCCGGCAGCGCCCCGGGCUACGGCGCCAAUAUCCACGGUGUGCUCAAGCACGAGGUUCCUCGGGAGUGUGUGCGGGGCAUCAGCUACUUCCUGAUCCCACUGUGCAUGCUGGCGCCGUUCGCCAAGAAUAAGGUCAACGUCAUGUUUACAGGACCGGGGGUUAUCACGAGCGCGACGCCCGCGACGGGGGACGUGUCGGUCGACACGGUGCGAACGGCGGUGCUGCCGUUGUACGCGCAGUUCGGCAUCCAGGCUGAUAUCGAGCUGCGAGUGCUGCGCCGGUCAAAUCCGGGCCCCGGGGGUCGCGGCGGUGGCGGCGAGGUCCAGCUGGUGUUCGGCCACCAGGUGCGCCUGCCGAAGACGGUGCACCUGCUCAACCCCGGCCGCGUCAAGAAGAUACGCGGCGUAGCAUACACGACGGGCACGUCGGGCGCGAACAACGCGCGCAUGAUUGAGAAGGCGCGUGGCGUGCUCAACCCAUUCGUGGCCGAUACGUAUAUUUUCUCAGAUGUCUCAAGCGCGCCGCUGGUGCCCUGGCCGACCAAGGAAAACCCGGAUAACAAGAGGAAGAUUGGCGUUGGAUUCGGUAUCAGUCUGGUGGCGGAGAGCUCGACGGGGAUGCUGUACUCGGCGGACGUGGCUUCACCGCCGCAGGGAGGCGUGCCGGCAGAAGACAUCGGCGCGCAGUGCGCCUACCAGCUGCUCGAGGCUAUCGAGAGGGGCGGUUGUGUCUCGACCAUCGCGGCGCCGACGAUGCUAACCCUGAUGGCUAUGGGUUCAGAGGAUGUGGGGCGCCUGCAGAUGGGAAGAGAUGUCGUUGGAAGCGAGGACGUCAUUCAGCUCAGUAGAGAUCUGCGAGCAUUCGGUGCUAGUGGAUGGGGACUGAGGGACGCAGGAAACGAGGAGGGAGAUAUUGUGGUCAGCAUCGUGGGUAGAGGAGUGGGCAAUGUUGGAAGAAAGAUUGCCUAA